GAGAGGGAGCCUAGGUUCCCUUCACUGUGGCCACAGGUGGCCCUUCAUCCACAGGAAUGUCCCACGUCACCUUUUCUCCGAAUGCCACCCUGACUUGGGGGGGUCCUCGGCCACACUUUUCCUUGUCACUCCUCCUGUGCCACCACUGGCUAUGUCGUGGCCACAGACGCGCCUGUAAGUCUAUCUCAGAUCUUUGCGCUAACUUCCCCAGCCUCUCCACCGAGGGGUCUGACAGAGUGCGCUCGACCCCCCCCACCACCCCACCCCCUGUGAAAGUCUGUAGCUGUCACUACAGGAGACUGUCGCCUGCGUGCGCCGUGUCUGUCUCGCCAGGCUGCUUGUCCGUCUAUCACACACCCACCAGUCCUGGCAGUCAUGAGGGCCCUGUGGCCUCCCCUGCACACGCCCUCCCUGGCCUCUCCACUCCUCCUCCUCCUCCUCUCCCUCCUGGGAGGAGGGACAGGGGUCGAGGGCAGAGAGGAUCCAGAGCUGCUGGUGAGGGUCCGUGGGGGCCAGCUCAGGGGCAUCCGCCUAAAGGCUCCUGGGGGCCUGGUCUCUGCAUUUCUGGGGAUCCCCUUUGCUGAGCCGCCGGUGGGCCCUCGUCGAUUUCUGCCACCCGAGCCCAAGAGACCUUGGUCAGGAGUGUUGGAUGCCACGACCUUCCAGAAGGUCUGCUACCAAUAUGUAGACACCCUGUACCCUGGAUUUGAGGGUACCGAGAUGUGGAACCCCAACCGUGAGCUGAGUGAGGACUGCCUGUACCUCAACGUGUGGACACCAUACCCUCGGCCCGUGUCCCCCACUCCAGUCCUCGUCUGGGUCUACGGGGGUGGUUUCUACAGUGGGGCAUCCUCCCUGGAUGUGUACGAUGGCCGCUUCCUGGCCCAGGCUGAGGGGACCGUGCUGGUAUCGAUGAACUACCGAGUGGGAGCCUUUGGCUUCCUGACCCUGCCGGGCAGCCGGGAAGCCCCGGGCAAUGUGGGUCUGCUGGAUCAGAGGCUUGCGUUGCAGUGGGUGCAGGAGAAUGUGGCGGCCUUCGGAGGGGACCCACUGGCGGUGACUCUCUUCGGGGAGAGCGCGGGCGCCGCCUCCAUCGGCAUGCACCUGCUGUCCCCGCCCAGCCGGAGCCUCUUCCACAGGGUCAUCCUGAUGAGUGGCACACCCAAUGGGCCCUGGGCUACUGUGGGCGUGGGAGAGGCCCGUCGCAGGGCCACCCUGCUGGCCCGCCUCGUGGGCUGUCCCCCAGGUGGCGCCGGUGGCAAUGACACAGAGCUGGUAGCCUGCCUGCGCACGCGGCCAGCUCAGGACCUGGUGGACCACGAGUGGCACGUGCUGCCUCAGGAAAGCAUCUUCCGGUUUUCCUUCGUGCCCGUGGUGGAUGGGGACUUCCUCAGCGACACUCCCGAGGCCCUCAUCAAUGCUGGAGAUUUCCAAGGCCUGCAGGUGCUGGUGGGUGUGGUGAAGGAUGAGGGCUCCUAUUUUCUGGUUUACGGGGCCCCAGGCUUCAGCAAAGACAACGAAUCUCUCAUCAGCCGGGCCCAGUUCCUGGCUGGGGUGCGAGUUGGAGUCCCUCAAGCCAGUGACCUGGCCGCCGAGGCCGUGGUCCUGCAUUACACAGACUGGCUGCACCCCGAGGACCCCGCACGUCUGAGGGACGCCAUGAGCGCCGUGGUGGGCGACCACAACGUCGUGUGUCCCGUGGCUCAGCUGGCUGGGCGACUGGCUGCCCAGGGGGCCCGUGUUUAUGCCUAUGUCUUUGAACACCGUGCCUCCACACUGUCCUGGCCCCUCUGGAUGGGAGUGCCCCACGGCUACGAAAUCGAAUUCAUCUUUGGGCUCCCCCUGGAUCCCUCACUGAACUACACCAUGGAGGAGAGAAUCUUUGCUCAGCGACUAAUGAGAUACUGGGCCAAUUUUGCCCGCACAGGGGACCCCAAUGAUCCUCGGGACAAGUCCCCUCAGUGGCCACCAUACACAACGGGAGCGCAGCAAUGCGUGAGCCUGAGCCUAAGGCCGCUGGAGGUGAGGCAGGGGCUGCGCGCCCAGACCUGCGCCUUCUGGAAUCGCUUUCUCCCCAAAUUACUCAGCGCCACAGACACGCUGGACGAGGCGGAGCGCCAAUGGAAGGCCGAGUUCCACCGCUGGAGCUCCUACAUGGUGCACUGGAAGAACCAGUUCGACCAUUACAGCAAGCAGGAUCGCUGCUCGGACCUGUGACCCCGGGGGCCCCGAGGCCCCCGCCCCGCCCGGCCCCCUAGCUGUACAUACUAUUUAUUGAAGGGCUGGAUGUAACCGACAAGCCCCAGACCCCGUCCCUCCCACCCCGACUGGCCCCCGGGGCUCCCCGUCCUCUGCAUGUCUCGGGCUGAAAUCCCUUCCCCGCGGUGCCUUCGCCCCUCUGGGCUGCCAAUAAACUGUUAGAGCCACCGAGUGCGUGCCAGGCGCAGGGGCGGGGGCCGCGGGCUGGAGAAC